UAGUAUACAUGGCCGUCAAGUGGAUCACUUUUAUACCUAUUUUGUAAUGUGACUAUGCUGGCGUGCGUGUGUCACCCAUCCCGCGCCCACAACCUCCCACGCCCGCUAGAGCCAGUACACCGCCCACGCCGCACACCCCACGCCCACCUUUCCCUCCACACCGCCCACGAUGCAUACAGCACCUCUGUCUUUGGUUUCGUAUCCAAUUCAUGGGAUAAAUAUGUGAGUGAUGGCUCUAGUGUCAUAGAAAACGGGACGUGUGAGAGAGAGCGCAGCUCUGUGAGAGACAAGAGCACUAACUUCGUUAUUUUAGAUAAAUACAAUAACAAUAACGAGAAGACUUUAGAUAAAAAUGGUAACGAGGAAGAGAUUAAGGUGGGAAGUAGAGAGAAAGUGGACCAGCUCUCUCCCACUAUGAAAGCUAAAAUCACUGUAGAAAGGAGGAAGUGUGUGGAAGAUGAUAGCUAUUGUCCGGUGCAGCCCAGCCAGGGAUUGGUCAAGACCAGCCAGGACCAGCCAGUUAUGUCUACAGUCAUGUUAUCACAGCUGCCUGACGGGUGCGAGCUGACGGUGGGUGAGCUUCGCGACAUGGCCAGCAGACAGCAGCAGCAGAUAGAGUCGCAGCAGCAGCUCCUGGUGGCGCGGGAGCAGCGGCUCAAGUAUCUGAAGCAACAGGAAUCCCGCGCUGCAGCAGUCGCCGCUGAGGGUGACCGUCUCAGACGACUCCGCGAACGUGUCGAGGCCCAGGAAGCCAAACUGAGGCGCCUUCGUGCCCUCAGAGGUCAGGUGGAAGCGACUCGGCUGAACACUGCGUCCCUCACCACUGAUCUAGAUGCCAUGCGACACCUGUUCAGUGAGAAGGAGAAAGAGUUGGUAGUAGCAGUGUCCAAGGUUGAGGAACUGACGCGUCAACUGGAGGAACUUCGACACGGUCGUUCACCUCUCAACCCUAACAACCAGCACCACAAUGAGUUAGACAAGCUUCGAAGAGAAUUAUUGUAUCGUAACAGUGUAAACAGAGAAGCGUCAGCUCGUGUAGCAGCUCAGCGGGAAACUCUAGCAGCAAGACGGGAUGAAAUUACGCGCAUAGACAAGCGAGUGUCAGAGUUGCAGCAGCGGCUACAUCGAAAAAGACUUCUGAACCACCAACUAGCUUCACAGAUAACAGCUGCUACUCAGGCCAAACAAGCUCAGCUGAAAGCAGUGCAACAAAAGGCUUUGUGGUGUCAACAGUACUUGCUGAUGAUCUACACAACGGACCAUCUCAAGAUUCCUCGGGGAGAGGACUUAGGAGAGUUUGGUCCAAAUAAAAAUGACCCUAAAUACCAGACUCUGCCCUACAACACAAAAUUUUCUGUUACCUUCAAGUCAAAGAAUGGACGGGGAGGAGAUUCUGACCUGCCCCAUCAACUCCAACAAGUACUGUCCCCCCACCCCCCUUUCCCUGAACCUAUGAUUUUCGGACAAAAUACUGCCAAACAAGGGUCAAGAAACCCAACCCAACGUGGUCCACCUAACCUGUACCAACAAGGGGACUCACGCACCCUCCUACCCCCCACCUCCCUCUCUGUAUCCUUCACGCAGAAACUGAGCCCAGGAGUUACUACACAUGCACAGAGCAGGACACUUCUCCUUCCAGCACAUCAUUCUCAGGAUGUGGAGAAUCUCCGAGCCGUAGGAAAUAAUGCUGGCACCGAUGGAAGUGAAGAUGGCACCUCAGGUAAUGAGACUGGCCGCAAUAAACCUGCCUUACCUCCAAAACCAGCUGUUCCUUCUAAACCUCUUCCUCCGCCACGGCAGAAAGGAGAUCCACUUGCUGCAAGCAAUGAAUCACUUAAUGCGUCGCAGUCUCCUGGCCGGGGUAAUGGUCAGGGGCGACCACCACAAGGAUAUAGAUAUGCAAGUCAGAAUGUGAUAAUGUCAACAUAUACUCAACAAACAACUGCCUCAGAAAACCAGCAGGGUGAUGUCAGUGAAGACAGCUCUCGGCCCAAGAUGGCAAAUAAUACUCUUAAUAAUAGCACCAGUAGCACCAGUGUUGGUGUCAAAGCAGAGUCAGAGGGUGGGGAGAAAAUUCACGUCUCAAUUAAUCGACGAAUUGAAAUGCCGCCAGAUUUCAUGUUCCCUGAAGAUGAAACUCCACCAUCGGAUCUUCUUGGUCGACGAGUAGAAGAAAUAGAAAAUGGAAAUGCAGACUCUCAAGUCAGUUCUAAUAAAGAAAAUGGAACAGAUACGGUUGAUAAUUUAAACAUGGCACCCAUAUUACCACUUGGUGAACUUGAAAAACUGAGAAUCGAUAAUGCAAAAGAAGGCAGAAAUAGUCAAGACAAUUCAACCACUGAUGCCGCUCACAUACCCAGUGAUGAUUCUCGACAACCAGAUGGUGCAGAUACAACGUCAAUACUAAGUGAAGAAAGUCGAUCAGAAGGCGAGGGUGAGAGGAAUAAUGAUUCUCCAGUUACGACCACAGUAUCCAACUCGAAUAUCAGUAACAAUAACAAUAUUAACAACAACAACAACAAUAAUAAUAACUCGAGUGGUGGAGGUGUUGUGGUUAGACGUAUUAAAAAGGGAAACCUCAAAACGAAGAAUUCUUCCAGAAUACCUCGCAGGGUAAGCUUUGACCCUCUUGCACUUCUCCUGGAUGCCUCUCUUGAAGGAGAACUUGAACUAGUUCGCCGUACUGCCAUGGAAGUAACUAAUCCCUCAGCAGCCAAUGAUGAAGGAAUCACUGCACUUCACAAUGCUAUAUGUGCAGGUCAUCUUGAUAUUGUUACAUUUUUAGUAACAUUUGGAUGUGAUGUUAAUGCUCAAGACUCUGAUGGAUGGACUCCAUUGCACUGUGCUGCAUCAUGCAACAAUGUGGCCAUGGUGAGAUUCCUGGUGGAACACGGGGCUUGUAUCUUGGCCACUACUUUAUCUGACCAUGAAACUGCAGCAGAGAAGUGUGAACAGGAUGAGGAGGGAUAUGAUGGAUGUUCACAGUACCUUUAUAGUGUUCAAGAAAAGCUUGGCAUAAUGAAUGGUGGUGUUGUGUAUGGUGUAUACGAUUAUGAAAGCCAAGCUAGCGAUGAACUGAGCUUCCACUGUGGUGAUGCUAUCACUAUACUGCGCCGUGGAGAUGAAUAUGAACGGGAGUGGUGGUGGGGGCAACUUCAGGACAUCCAGGGAUACAUUCCUAGGAAUUUACUGGGGCUUUAUCCUCGUGUGAAGACUCCUCUUCGUGAUUCCUGAGGAUUUUGAAAGCCUAAUUAUUUAACAUUAUGCUACGUCAUAUCAGUGUGCAAAGCAGUUGCUUAAAAACUUACUGCUGUACAGAUUUUGUGUUAUACAGUUGACAAAGACUACUUUAAGACUUAAAGGACAGUGUUGAUACUGAUUUGGAAUGUUGUGGACCUUGAAAAUAUACUGAAGACUUAUCACUUUUGGUGGUAGAAAUGUGAUCUGAAUAAACAAAAUGAAAUUAUCUUCAGUUUUUUGACAUUACAGUAUGUUGCAAAAAUAUCAGCAUCCAACACUUGUACUACCAAAAAUGCCUUAAUAUAUAUAUAUAUGACAGAUGUAGACCAGUGCCUUAAUGUAACAAGACAUCAGCAGUUGCAACAGUUAUCUGUGAUGGAAACUGAACUGCAGCUACAGUACCACCAAAUACAUAUCUUUAUAAUAAAAAUUAAUACAAAUAAAAUUAUAUAUAUAUAUAAUAUAUAUAUAA